CCCAUGGCUGACAAUUUAGACCUAAAUAAAAUAUGCCGGACCUGUUUAUCAGACGCGGGACCUAUGAAGGAUUUGUUUUCAGUGUGUACAGCUGAAAUUUUCAAGUUUUGUACAUCCGUUGAGAUUUCACUCGGUGACCAUUUACCACAACAAGUAUGCCAGGCAUGUGUAAACUUACUAGACAAAUUGUAUUAUUUCAAACAAACUGUAAUUACAUCCAAUGCAGUUUUGAAGCAACACUGUCCAGUAGUGAAAUUAGAAAAGCAGGGUGAUGUGCAUGACACGGUUGAAAUUGUUAUAACAGACUUUCAAGAUGACACAUCAAUACCAGAUCCAACAAAUGACUGUAACUUACAAGACAAUAAUUAUGAAGAAAUACCUGAUAUUCAAAUUAAAAGGAGAAGUAGAAGAAUUGGUAUCCCAAAACAAGUCAAAAAGAAAACAAGGAUGAAAUGUGCCAAGUGUGAAAAAACUUUCCAAAAAUAUGAAAAUUUUGAAGCACAUAUGCGGAGUCACUUUGGAAAAAAGCCAGAUAUCAAAUGUGAGCACUGCGAUAAGACAUUCCCAAAUCUCCGCAAUCUGAACAGCCACAUCCGCACCCAUUCCGGCAUCAAGAAGUACCAGUGCCUCACCUGUGGGAAGAACUUCGCCUACCUCAAUGUUCUCAAGAAUCACGAACUAAUACACGCCGGAAUUAAGAAUCAUGUUUGUCAUAUAUGCAAUGCGAAGUUUGUACAGAGAUAUAAUUUGAAGACUCAUAUAGAAACACAUAAGAAAGAUAAGAAAUAUGGCUGUGGACAAUGUGGUAAGAAGUUUGCGCAGCCGGGCUACCUGAAGAUACAUCUCAUACGGCAUACAGGCAUCAAGAAUAUUGCAUGUUCCCUAUGUGACAUGAGGUUUUAUGUUAAGAGUGAUUUAUACAAGCAUAUGAGAUCCCAUUCAGCCGACAAACCAUUUUCUUGUGAAUUUUGUGAUAAAACAUUCAAAUGCAAAAGUUUUCAAAUUGUCCAUCUAAGAACACAUACGGGUGAACGUCCAUAUGCUUGUGACUUAUGCCCCAAAAGGUUUAUGGCGCGCAAGGAUAUGCGCAACCAUCGUAUGAUACACACGGGAGAGAAGCCACAUAAAUGCCAGCUAUGUAACCAAGCAUUUAUACAGAAGUGUGCACUCAACAGGCAUAUGAAGGGACACGGCAAAAAUGAGAGUCACGAAAUAGAUCUCAGGCCGCCCAUACAAGUAGAAAGUAUAACGCCAAUUGCAGUUUCAUACGCCCAUUGGAAUGGCGAGGCGUGAUACGAAAUGAAGCAAUGAAACUAAUUGGACUACAAUACUUAGUUUACCUUGAGAACUAAAAUGAAUAAUGAGGUUGUGAAAUGGAUUAUGAAACGUCAUUCUUUAAAUCUAUCUCUAAAACUAAAAUUUCAAAUUGUUAUCAGAGUUACAUUAU